AUGCAGUGUGCAACAUCAGAUGAACGCUUUGAGUCAGGAACACAAGACAAAGCCAAGAUUUUAAAGCAAUUCCAAUCGUGUUUUUUCGCAACCAAUCGACUCGUUUCGUACCCUUGGACGAAUUUGGAAAAGGAACUUGAACGCAGCAAAUCAGCCGACGUCAUCUUAGAGCUCCUUAAACAGACGUGUCUUCACUCACUAUGCAGAAAAUUUCCGCCACUACCACGAUACAGAAAGUGCUUUCUGUCCGAGCUCAUCAGACGGCCGUGUGGCGACAGUGUCAGCUUGUUGGAGAGUGUGGCUCUGAUCUCCGAGGGGACAACGGGUCUGGUGACAUGGGAGGCUGCCCUCUACUUGGCUGAGUGGGCCUUGGACCACCCGCAUGCUUUCAACAGCAGGAAAGUUCUGGAGCUAGGCAGUGGAGCAGGCCUUACAGGCAUCGCUUUGUGUCGCUCGUGUGCACCAUUGUCGUACAUCUUCAGCGAUUGUCACCCGAGCGUCCUCCGGAGGCUCCGAGACAACCUGAACCUCAAUGGACUCAACGAAACAAAUUGCACCAGGACGGAAAUCACCGUAGAAGAGUUGGAUUGGACGGACGUGACUAAAGAACGUCUUAAUGAUAUCAGCGCGGACGUGCUAAUAGCGGCAGACGUGGUGUAUGAUCCGGAAGUGGUUAUGAGGUUCUGA